UUACUUCUACGGGGUGCUACAGGACUUCGACAGGACCUCAUGGGACUGCGUGCUGCAGGGUGCCCUGUCCACCUUCUCCAAUACCAGCUCCUUCUUCUGGACCAUGGCCAUUGCCCUUUACCUCUAUAUCACCAUUGUGAGGGGCUCGCCCACGGGCACAGGCUUGCUCUGCUGCUUCCAUGUCGUGAGCUGGGGAGUCCCCCUUGGCAUUACGGUGGCUGCUGUUGCUCUGAAGAAGAUUGGCUAUGAUGCCUCCAAUGUUUCUGUGGGCUGGUGUUGGGUCAACUUGGAUGCAGAGGAUCGGGUCUUGUGGAUGUUGUUAACGGGGAAAGUUUGGGAGAUACUGGCCUAUGUGACUUUGCCGGUGCUCUAUAUUCUCAUCAAGAAGCACAUUAAUAGAGCGCACGCAGCUCUCUCAGAGUAUCGCCCCAUUCUCUCAAGAGCACCUGCAUUUCAGCCCCGGACUUCCAUAGCAGAUAAGAAGUUGAUUCUCAUCCCUGUCAUCUUUAUCAUCCUCCGCAUCUGGAGCACUGUGCGAUUCAUUCUGACCCUCUGUAACUCCCCUGCAGUGCAAAAUUCAGUCCUGGUUGUCCUGCAUGGAAUUGGUAACACGUUCCAAGGAGGUGCCAACUGUAUCAUGUUUGUCCUCUGUACGCGGGUAGUCCGGACUCGGCUGCUUUCCUCCAUUUGCUGUUGCCACUACGAUGAGUUGGAUUGGCCUUUGCAAAGAUCAAACAGCUACUGGCAGCGCCCAGAACCCCCCAAGGACAAGGACGUGCCAGGCCCUGAGCGGACAAAACCCCAGCUUUCCAGCACCUGA